GUGAGGUUGAGGAAGUGAAAAAAAAAAACAUGGGGUCACUAAUGGCCUCUGCUACUCUGACUCUUGUGUUGGCUAUAAUUUCUCUGAGCUUGCCACCUCAAAUCUCAGCAGACAACUACAUGUAUUCAUCUCCUCCACCACCCAAGAAGUACCCUCCGGUGUCUCCUCCUUACCACUACGUUUCACCACCACCACCUCCAGUCUACUCUCCACCUUACUAUUAUCACUCUCCACCUCCUCCACCAAAGAAGCCUUACUAUUACCACUCUCCACCACCACCACCAUCAUACAAAUACCCAUCUCCACCACCACCAAAGGCCCCAUACCAUUACUCAUCUCCACCACCACCACCAAAGAAGCCAUACAAGUACUCAUCUCCCCCACCUCCACCUUACAAGUACUCAUCUCCUCCACCUCCGGUGCACGUUCUCCCUUACCCUCACCCUCAUCCUCAUCCUCAUCCUCAUCCAUACCCUCACCCUCACCCUCCCCCAUCCCCGAAGAAGCCUUAUUACAAAUACCAAUCUCCUCCACCACCGGUUCCCAAGUUACCUCCCUACAUUCCUCACCCAGUUUACCAUCAUCAUCCUCCACCCCCUCCAUACAAGUACCCAUCUCCUCCACCACCACCAUACUAUCCACAUCCAUCUCCAACACCAGCCCCAUACAAGUACCCAUCUCCUCCACCACCACCAUACUAUCCACACCCAACUCCAAAACCAACCCCAACCCCAUACAAGUACCCUUCUCCUCCACCACCCCCAUACAAGUAUCCAUCUCCAACACCAGCACCAUACAAGUACCCUUCACCUCCACCACCCCCAUACUAUCCACACCCAACUCCAAAACCAACACCAACCCCAUACAAGUACCCAUCUCCUCCACCACCCCCAUACUAUCCACACCCAACUCCAAAACCAACCCCAACCCCAUACAAGUACCCUUCUCCUCCACCACCCCCAUACUAUCCACACCCAACUCCAAAACCAACCCCGACCCCAUACAAGUACCCUUCUCCUCCACCACCCCCAUACAAGUAUCCAUCUCCAACACCAGCACCAUACAAGUACCCUUCUCCUCCACCACCUCCAUACUACCCACACCCAUCUCCAACACCAACACCAGCACCAUACAAGUACCCAUCUCCUCCACCGCCCCCAUACUAUCCACACCCAUCUCCAACACCAACACCAUACAUUCCACACCCAGUUUACCACUCUCAUCCACCACCUCCAUACAAGAAGCCUUACAAGUACAUGUCUCCUCCUCCACCUUCUCACGGUUACGUCUAUGCAUCACCUCCCCCUCCUUACCACUAUUAGAUAGCGGUUUAGCAUACCUCUCUCUAUGGAUAUGAAGAAUAUGUGCAAAUAAAGAAAGCGACGGAGGGAAGAAGCGCUUCAUAAUACAAGAAAGAGAAGAAUGGAAGCAAAGUUUCCGCGUUUUGUCUUCGCAAGAAGUGUUUAAUUUCUAUGAUAGGAUUGAAUUCGGUCUUUUUCUAUGCUCUUUUGUUUUGUUUAUGAAUUAUGUAUUUAAACAGUUGUAAAGCGCUGCUAUGCUAUGGUCCAACUCAAAGGGACACGCACUCCUGUUGAUGGAUGGUACAUGAAUGAAUGCAAUGUAGUUUUCAACCUGCUGUGUUUGCAGGGGUUGUAAAACUAAAUUAUAAAUAAUAAUAAAAUAAUUAUAUUUUCUCUCAAA